ACAUCUUCUGUAAACACAUUUAUCCCCUAUCAUCUCCACCGGUCAUGUCGUAACUAAAACCUGACCGAAACCUCCCCGGUGGUGACGAGGCGGCGCUCCCCUCGUGACCGGUGACGUCACAAACCGGACAAACAGGAAGAGAGUGAGGAGAGAGAGAGAGAGAGAGAGAAGCGGAGAACGGGUGAAGGAGAUCUAAGACGCAACAAUGGAUUUCUUAUUUGGUCGCCGGAAAACCCCUGAGGAGAUGCUGAGGCAGAACCAGCGAGCCCUCACCCGGGCCAUGAGGGAGCUGGAUCGAGAGAGGCAGAAACUGGAGCAGCAAGAGAAGAAGAUCAUUUGCGACAUCAAGAAGAUGGCCAAACAGGGCCAAAUGGAUGCCGUGAAGAUUAUGGCCAAGGAUCUGGUUCGCACGCGGCGAUACGUCAAGAAGUUCAUAAUGAUGCGGGCAAACAUCCAGGCCGUGUCCCUUAAGAUCCAGACCCUGAAGUCCAACAACUCCAUGGCCCAAGCUAUGAAAGGGGUGACCAAAGCCAUGGCCACCAUGAACAGACAGUUGAAGCUUCCGCAGAUCCAGAAGAUAAUGAUGGAGUUCGAAAAACAAUCAGAAAUAAUGGACAUGAAGGAAGAGAUGAUGAACGACGCCAUUGACGAUGCCAUGGGCGAUGAGGAUGAUGAAGAGGAAACGGACGCUGUGGUCUCCCAGGUCCUGGAUGAGUUGGGCCUGACUCUGACCGAUGAGCUGUCCAACCUUCCCGCUACCGGAGGUUCCCUCAGCGUGGCCGGAGCCAAGAAAGGAGAACCCACAGCCGCUUUAGCCGAUGCAGAUGCGGAUCUGGAGGAGCGGCUGAACAAUCUGCGACGGGACUAACGUGUCGGACCCUGCACUACACGGACUCUGAGUUUUAUCUUUUUGUUUUUUUUUGUUUUCUGCGAUAACCAUGGGGCUGUAGGGGAUCGGCUCUGGGCCGGAUGGCGGUCAGAUAUGUAUCUCCAGUCCCCGGCCGCUAGCUCCCUCUAUUCUGCUCCCGUCCACACUGUAGUAAGUGGAUGAAGAAAACUGUUCUGAUUUUAUAUUAUUAUUACCUCUUUUUGUUGCCGAGUUUUUUUUCUUCUGGUGUUCCUGUCUCCGCUUUCAUACAGAGGGCGGCAGGCGCCGUUUUCUGUAAAUAAAAACCUGUCUGAGAGCCAAAGCCUUUAUACCGCUCCCUCUGUGUCCCUGCAGUGUCACGGGAGCAUAAUGGUUAAAUAUUGUCUGUAUAGAUAUAAAUGUAUUAAAGGGGUAUUCCAGGAAAAUAGUUAAACAGAUUUGUAAAUUACUUCUAUUAAAAAAUCUUAAUCCUUCCAAUAGUUA